CACGCACGCUCAGCUUCAGCAUCACACGAGAGGCAGCGGCAGCGAAAACGGUUUGGCAGCGGAGGGCGACGGGCUUUGACUUUGGAUGCUUAGUCACAUUUUGCUUUUGACAGAGAGGCGGCGGAGGAUGGAGCGGGUAGAGGAGAGACAUUGAGCGGGUCAGCAGGAGGAGAGACAGAAAGGAGGCAGGGGGUACCGCGAAAUCCGGAGCAGAUGAUGCUUAUUUGCCGCAGGCCCCGCCAUCGUGAAAUUGGAUACCGACUUGCGGCGGAUGGGGUGACCGAGCUUGCUGCUCCACCGGGGAGGUCCCUGCCUUCGGACGUUACCGGGGUGGGAGCUGCCUGUGCCCGGCUCUAAGGAAGGAAGGAGUGGUAAGAGGGAAAAUGCAGACGGAGGAGGAGACGGCCACCGCAGAAGAGCCCAUUUUGGCGGAAGGGUCAGGACGAGAGCAGCAACGGCCAGUCCAACAGUCUCUGGCCUCCUCCCUGUGUCGGGAGUCCCAUUGGAAGUGCCUCCUCCUGACCCUCCUAAUGUACGGCUGCUUUGCUACGCUCGUCUGGUGCGCUCUGUGUCGUGUACCCGUUCUUGGCUCCUCCUCAUUUGCUCUUGGUAGUGAUGAAGAUGCCACCUCGGCGGCCUACUAUAAUGAAAUGCUGCUCUAUGAGAGUCCGUGCUCUAGUGGUUACGUCUACAUCCCCCUGGCCUUCCUGGCCAUGCUUUACGUGGUUUACCUGGUGGAGUGCUGGCACUGCUUCUCUAAGACGGCCAUGUUGGCUCAUGCUGAAUUCCAGGAAGUGUACGAGCGCGUGCAGAGACUUCAACAGGCUACACCCUGCAUUUGGUGGAAGGCAAUCAGCUACCAUUACGUGAGGAGGACCAGGCAGGUGACAAGAUACCGCAACGGAGACGCAUAUACAACCACACAGGUCUACCAUGAGCGGGUAAACACUCACGCCUCCAGUUCAGAGUUUGACUACGCCCGCUAUGGUGUCAAAGAUGUAUCGAAGGAGCUGCUGGACCUUCAACUGCAUCCUGCCGUUCGCCUCCGUUUCACCAAGUGUUUCAGCUUCUCCAGUGCACGUGCUGAAGCUGCCUACCUCACCCAGCGUGCACGCUUCUUCGGCGAGAACGAGGGGCUUGACGACUACAUGGAGGCCAGGGAGGGAAUGCACUUGAAGAACGUGGAUUUCCGUGAACACAUCCUGGCGUUCCCGGAUCCAGCUCACCAGCCGUGGUUUUCUAGACACAGGGUGUUCUGGCUGGCUUCUGCUUUCCUCCUGUCAUGGCCGCUGCGGGUAGUGUCAGAAUAUCGCACAGCGUACGUCCACUACCAUGUGGAGAAGCUGUUUGGGGAGGAUGAGGAUACAGGCGGAGGAGGGCCGGGUGGUGGAGGAGGGCCGGGUGGAGGCGGAAGAGGGGAUGGGAAUGAAGGAGGGACUGAGAAUGGCAUCCACCCGGGGGGAAUUGGGAUUGGAAUUGGCCUGAAUGGGACGAGCUACAGAGCCAUCUCUCGGGUCAACACGGUGGACAUGACAGAAUUGGAGUGGCACAUCCGCUGUAACCAACAGAUGGUACCAAGCUACUCUGAGGCCCUCCUUAUGGACUUGGACAUAAGUGGAGGGACAAACCCCACCGCCUCUACACCCCUCUCUGGGCCCCCAGGCACCACCCCCAACCAAGAGGUCACCCGGCCUCCUCUAGCCCUGCCUGUGGUGUUCAACUCGGCUUACCUCCUCCAGAGCUGCCCCCGAUGUCGAAGGACCACAUCGAGUUCCAGUCUGCCCUCCAGGCUAAGGGCCCCAAUGGGAACCACAGCCCUCCUUAACGCUACCGUGGCAGGGAUCAGGGCAGCAGGUCAGGGCGGCGGAGGUAUAGGAGGGAGGCUGGUGCUGAGUCGAAGCGGAUUCUCGCUAGGGAGACUUGGAGGAGGGCGCCAGAACAGCCUGUUUCAUUCAAGAAGCAUGGGGGGAGGGCUCGGAGGAAGUAGGGAGGAUGGUGGAGGAAGUGGAGCUGGAGGAGGAGGUGGAGGCGGAGGAGGAGGAGGAGGAGGAGGAGGUGGAGGUGGAGGAUUCCUUGGGUUAGGGUCAAGACAGGACAACGAGGAGACCAGAGGAGUGCUAGAAGGAGAAGGUGAUGAGGAAGAGGAGCAGGAGGACGAGGUGAGGAGAAGGGAAGACAGAGGGAGAGAGAGAGAUGAAGAGGGAGAGCAAGAUGGUGGAGUGGGCGAAGGGAGGGAGGGCGAUCGGGACCGUCCUCCAUCCUACCAGGACGCAUUCUUCUUUCCUGUCCUCAUUAUACACGGAGAGGAGAGCUGCCACGCUGGAGACGACAUGUGACGAUCAGAAAAAUAAACACAUUCAGAGCGAGAAAGUAUGGGCAGAGGCCGAGGGAGAUGAAAGAACGCACAGGACAAAAAGAAACAGACGAUCACAGAAGAUGCUCAGAGUAAUAGAUAAAAGAAGUGAUAUGAUAGACCUGAAGAAUCACUGAAAUGAGAACAGAAUGAGGUUGGAAGUUGGUUGAAAGCUUACCACCAACCACAGACAGAGAAGGAAGGGUUGCGUAAGAGAUAAAAACAGCUCUGUGAACAAAGGAAAGAGGCGGUGAUGGAGCGAAGUGUAAAUGAGUGGAUACAGUAAGGAAGAGAAAAGAGAAAGUACUAUAAGAAAGGAGGAUUAAUAGAAACAUCUAAGAGAGAGAAAGUAGAUUGUUGGAGGAGAUUUGAACAAAUGCAGUGCAUUCUGGAAAAAAGUGAGACACGUUGGUUCGGAGGGAACUGAGUGCAGUAGCAGGAUAAGAGGUAAUCUGAGAAGAUCGUUGCAAUUGUAGACUUUUCUACACACAGGUUGUGAAUGAGAUGAGGACAUUUUUGGAUUGGAUACUGUGGAAGAAUGGAAAGACUGAACAUUUAGGAAUGUCUAUUUCCAGAUAUAUCUAUGCAAGAGCAGGAGUGGGAGGAGUUACCAGUCUAAAGAUAGCAGCUUGAAGAGCAGUGGAGAGACACCAAACCAGCUGAGUGGUGGUGGGCAUUUUUUCAAAAGAAAUAAAGAAGGAAGAAUUGCAAAAGUAUAUUUUAAAAGCUUAAAGCUUCGCUAAAAUCAAAAUACAACAGAGGCAAAACCAACAAGACAGCACAUUUAAAGGAUGAAAUGCAGGAAGAGGCGAACAUCCCUAAAUAUUUUAGGGGGGGGAGGGGGAGGAAGGAGAUGAGAUCACAAAGGAUUACAAAAUGAAAUGUGGAGCAAUAGAGGGAGAGCGAAAAGCAAUGACAUGCUAUUUGGCAAGGUACAACGUAAAAACGAGCUGAAUGGAAAUGGAAGAGAAUAGAAAAUCCGAGAGUAACAGUGGACAAAGAGAAGAAAAGAUAACAAAAUGAACAAAAUACUGACCAUGACAGACCAGAUUACCCUUAAUCCUGUUUUCAAUUUGACAGAGAACUCAUGUAUACUCUUUAAAAUAAUUAUCAAAAUGAUCAAAUCAAGAGGAGGAGAAAAAAAAGAUUUAUCACUGAGCCGCAACGCCCUGUGAACAGCUGUUCUCUGACCUUGAAUCUAUUACACAAACCAUUCAAAUAGUUCCCCAAGUACCAUUUCCAAACAGGUCACCAUAACGAAUUAGGUAUCUCUUAGGUUUUUCAAGUUUUGCCAUACUUAGUAUUCACACUGCACCUAACUAGCAACCAUAAACAUUGAUUUCCUCCCUGUCUCUUCAUGCUGUCUUAUUCCUCAUCUCACCAUUAGCCUCCACACCACUCCCCAUCCAUUACUGAUAUGGAGCUGAUAGAAGAAAAAAACUCCAUAAAAAGGGGAGCGAUUGCUUCCUGUACUUCUCAGCUCUAUCCACUCCUAUAUUCCUAUCUGCUCUCCUUCCAUUUUAUCACUCCGUCUUCCCUCCUCACCGUUCUCCACACUUGAAAGCACGAGUUGCCGAGUGCAGAGGUGUAAUCCUGAGCAACACGUAUUGCUUUUUUUUAAAAACACGAGUUAGGUGCAAGCAGCUUUUUUUUGCAAUUAGCACAUGUUGUGUUAAGUGAAGUGAGAGUGUGUCGUACCAAAAUAGAUCCGGCGCAUCCAUCACUAACUUUCCCUCGUCUUUUACUCCGCCAUCUUCUCUCUCCUGCUCCUCUCUGUCCUCUUUUUAAAGUGGUGGAUAUGUGAUACAUCUCUCUGUGCUCCUGGAUAUUCAGGAUCACAUUUCAUCUCAGCUCACUCCAACAUAUCACAUCUCCUCUAGCCUGAGGUUUCUGCUCUAGUAUCAGAUUUUAUAAACAAGAGAUUUCCUACUUAUAUAAAGCUUUCAAUGACCUGUCACUAUUAUAUGCUUAUAUAUUUUGAAAGAUACACAUAGAGAGAUUUGAGCACAUCAUGUUGGCACAGUGAUCAAUAAAUUUACCCAAUGCAUAGAAAAGCAAAAGAUGUCAACAAAAUUAGCGUUUAAAGACGUUGAGUCAGAGCAGGGCCAAUGUUUGGCUAAGUUUCGCGAGUUAUGCCUGUGUACUUGUGCUAUAGUUUUAAACAUUUGUACCCAAAGAUAGGCCUGUGGAGUAUGACAGGAAAAAAACUCAAAAUAACCAAAAGACCUUCUUCCAAUAUCAAUAUACUAUAUAUUACAGUAUGUGUUUAGGCAUGGAAAAUCAUCUCUUGAUCUCAUUUAUGUCCAUUAUAUUGGACUGCAUGGGAAAUAAAACUUGAGCUGUCAAGGUCAGCUGACAUUCUUCUAUUUAAAAAAAAAAACAUACAGGGACAAAUCAAAGGGACUUUUUAAUUGCUUUAUAUUUUUAAUGCAAAAAAAAAGUGCUGACAAAUUUCCAAUAUUAAAAUAAAACCCAUAAAAUAAACACAAUUAUCAAUAUUGCCUGAUAGAAUAAGUUUGGCCGCACUGUGCCAAACUGCUUCCUCCUCCUCUUGAAGAGUCACCUGCAAAUAAGUAACAAUGCUCUCUGAAACAUCGCCUCACUAUGGAAAGUGUGAAAGUAAAGCUGGCAUAGAGAUGCAUGUAACUUAAUAACAGCUACUGUGCAGGAGCUACUAAUAGCUAUGUAGCAAAUAUGGCUUCCAUUGCAAAAGGCCGUGCCAAGAAGCAGUGAUUCAUGAUCAGUCAACAUAAAUUUAGAUAUUUUAGACUCGUGUAGACAGAUAAGGGCACAGAUAGGAAUCCAUAGGGAUUUAACCCUCUGUCCUAUUUUCUGAGUUGGUAUGUUUUUAUGGAAAAAUCAGCCCAGGAAGUAGCAAUUGGCACAGAUAACACAACCAUCAGUGCUUUGAUGCAUACUUUACAAAGCACACUUAACCUGCUACAGUAGCAAGAAGCAGUUAGAGUAGUUAGAUGAACAUUUCUUCAACCUUCCCUGCUUGUGCCCUUCAGAGGUCACUUUGGCCGCGUUGUGAUGUUGGAAGGUCUCCCUCGUUCUCUAUCUGCUUGCUCUGGACAUGACAUUGAAAAGCACACAGAAAGAAUGAGGUUCUAAAAGAAUCUCUCACAAGGGUUUCCUGAAAAUGGAGGGGAAAAUGAUGCUUCAUACAAUUCAUGACUGAUAGAGAUAACGGACGUGUUAUUGUACACAGGCACAC